AUGCCUUCCAAACAACCCUCCAAAGGCCCCAAAGGCCUCACCCGCCUCUACCUCAUCCUCUACAAUGCCCUCAGCUUCGCCCUCUGGGCCACCUGCACCGUCCGCGGCCUCUACCUCCUCGUCACCACCAUGAUCCUCCCCGCGACCAGCAGCAGCAGCAGCAGCGACAGCGAAACCAUCAUCAACACCGCCCUCCCCGCCAUCUUCAACGACAUCUACUCCCCGCUGCUCCUGGGCACGCAAUCCCUCGCCACGCUCGAGAUCCUACAUAGUCUGCUCGGCCUCGUGCGCGCGCCCAUCUUCACCACCGCCAUGCAAGUCGCUAGUCGGCUGCUGGUCGUUUGGGGCGUUAUGUUCCUGUUUGGCGGCGAGAGCGGCAAGGGGGCCAUCGUGGGUAGUGUGCAGAAGGGCGCGCAGACGGGCGAUUUCGCUUUCUUGGGUUGUUUGACCGCGUGGGGUGUUACCGAGUGUAUUCGGUAUGGGUUCUUUGCGUUGCAGGUUCUUGGGUCGGGGGUGCCGGGGUGGUGGACUUGGUUGAGAUAUAACACGUUCUACAUCCUCUAUCCGCUCGGCAUCACCAGCGAAUGUGUACUUGUCGUCAAGGCGCUUGCGCCGGCGGGUGAGUUGGAGCCGCUAUAUCAGUGGUUUUUGAUUGCUGUGUUGGGGAUUUAUGUUCCUGGAUCGUAUAUUCUGUACACGCAUAUGAUUGCGCAGCGGAAGAAGGUGCUGAAGAAGAGGGCGGAGUAG